GAGCCACUCUGCCUGGAUUUUGAUGGACUUUGAUGCGAUGACGCAACAGCGUGGACCACCUAAAGGAAAAACAGUCACCAUCAUGAAGUCUGAGGCUUGGCUCAGGACACUCCCCCUCAGACUACGUCACCACCUAAUUGGCAACCUCCCGCUAGAGGCUUUAAAAGGCGUGAGCAUGUCUCAGCCUUCCACAAGAAGCCCAGCCACCACCACGUCCUCCCCCACUUGCCCCACUUCGCUGUCGUCCUCCUGGCUGCAUCAUGCAUGCCGCUCCCCCUCUGCUCCUCAGCCUCCUGCUGCUGCGCGGAUGCUGCUGCGCCUCCGCAGCCGCAGCCAAGGCUUGGAGGCAGGUGUCCAACGAUGGCACGGAGCUCGUAGCGGACUACACGCACAACAGCAACAGCUAUAACAACAGUAUGAAUAACAACAAUAACAACAGGGCCAAAACAGGUGGAAGAACCAGCAACUCUGUCUCCUACAGCGCCUCGGAGCUGAGCUGCAGGGAGCUGCGAUCUACCCGUUACAUCACAGACGGAUCCUGUCGCAGCGCCAAACCAGUGAAGGAGCUGGUUUGCUCGGGCCAGUGCUUGCCCUCACACCUCAUGCCCAAUUCCAUCGGCCGUGGAAAGUGGUGGAGGAAUAGCGGCGGAGCAUCAGACUACCGUUGCAUCCCGGCGCACUCUCGGACACGUCGGGUGCAGCUGCACUGUCCUAACGGCAACACUCGGACUUACAAGAUCCGCGUGGUCACUUCCUGCAAGUGCAAGCGCUUCCGGCCGCACCACAACCAAUCCGAGGCCAAGGAAGUCCCUCGGCUGUCCCGCAACAAGAAACCCGGCCGCUCUUCUUUGGAUCGAAACAAGAACAACUCGCCGUUGACAGACAACUCCUAUUAAAACUUCCUUUAGCAGUCUCCCUGACUACACAAAAACAACACCACCAUUCUCUCUAUUGAAGAGACCAUGCAAGACAUUUCGCUCUAUAGUGACUUCAUAAACUGAGCUGAUGUCAAGUGUUUUUCAGCCAGCCUCGAUUUUCUUUUCUGCAUGACAAACCUUAAAUGUCGGGGCUCUCCACGAAAGACGUCGCAGCAGGUCCUCGUCCUGAUAUAAACGCAUCUCGAGCGUAGCAAACAUCCUCCCUGCCGGGUCCUCCAAACCAUCUGUACAAACACACAACGCUCGCUGGCUCCCCCUGCUACAUUUAAGGCCGACAAGGUGCACCAAAGGGGUCGUAAUCCAUCUGCUUCUGCCUGGACGGGACACUGGCAGCCCGGGGGGGGGGGGGGCAGCAGGGGGCUCUGAUGGAGGUUUGGUGACAGCUUCGGAAAGAGGCCUCCCACCUCUGUCGUCUUUCUGGGCCCUUCAAGGGGCUCAAAGCCCCGUGGUGCUCUCAGCUGGUGACGCGCACUCGGCAUUUCUUGGAAUUAAAGAAUUUGGCGAGAACACGGGCGGAUCUGAUUGAAGAGCAAACCUUCUUCCAUUCUGUAAAUACAACUGCACCAUGAAAACGCUUCUUUUUUUGUUGUGGACAUGGUGGGGCGUUGCCCAGACAUAGCCCAACUUUAACAACGACAGUCGUCCUGACAAUAUUUGCAGGUUUUUUGACUGUUAAAAAUGAGCAACUGGAAAGCGUCAUCGUACAUAUUUGACCAGGCUAGGGAGGAUUACACGUGGGCCGGUUGGUGGCGAUGAUUCCACAAGGAAAUGAAUGAACUGCAUAUUUAUUUUUUAUUCCACAUUUAAAUUAUUUAUGCAACUUUUUUUGUAGUAAAUAAUAAUCGCCAUUAUUGUCAUGUAGUACGAUAGCGCAAUAAAAUAAUGUGCAGUACAUGAAUAAAGCCGAUGCAGAUAUAUUUGAAAAAAUGGCCUGUUUGGUGUUUUCUUCCUAGAAAUGUGUGUCACUGAAAAAUAUUGACAGUUACGGGCUUUACAAGUGUGUGUCACGAUGGAAGAAUGCUGUGAUACCUUGACUUACGAGUUCCUAUUCUUACGAGCGCCUAUACUGACGAGUUCCUUUUGCUUUGUCGUUUUUUUUUUUUGUAUUUAACAGGCAUGAAAAUCACUCACCUUUCGGCGAAAUUCGCCGUUUUGAAGUCAAAAAGGGUGAUCUACGUGAAUUGUGUGGAUCCGAGGAGAAAAUUUUUACACGCCAUAGAAUUACAGUGCAGACAUGCAAAAUAAGGAAACACAUGUAUAUUAAACCCUGUAAACGUUAGCAUUGCUACAUUGAAACUAAUGGGUGAAACUUUAGCCUGCUAUUAAACAUUGGCAGUCUUCUCCAAAAUGCAAACUUGCGGUUAAAAGGUGACACUUCAAACAUAAAAAAUCGCUGGUUAACAGCAUUUGCAAAAAUUUAAAAAAAUCUAUAAGUGACACCACAACAAAGUACGAAAAGUGCUUUUUUUUGCGGAGUGUGAAGCUGUUAGCGGUGUAGCGAACGUACUUCCGGUGUACAUUUCAAAAUAAAAGCAUGCUGCGUUCAUAUAAAUAACGAUUGUACUAUAAUACUACAGAAUUCAAAUUCUACAUUAAGAAUAGCUUUAAAAUGACCCUUUUUUGAAAAAUAUGAUUGGCAAUGAAUAUUUUAAUGAUUAUAUAGUAGUACACUAUAAUAAGAAUGCUAGAUAUUUUUUUCAAGAACUGUUUUGAAUAAUGUUGGAAAGGCGAAGUUAGUGUUCUGAAUCUACAUUCCAUUCUUUUGCAGUAGUAAAUUCUAUCAACAUUUGACCUCAUUGUUUGUGUGA